UUCUUUCUCCCAAAGAAACAAAAAACAUCGAUUUCUCCAAAACCCGAACUGAGAUCUCUGGGUUAAAGUUUGGGGAUUUAAAUGGAGUUUGUUCGAGGGGAUACGAUUGGACGUGAAAGUUUCGGCACUGUCAAUUUGGUCGUACCCAGAAAAGGUUUCCCAAAUUCUCCAUUAAUGGCCGUUAAGUCUUGUGAAUCAAUAUGCUCUGUUUCUCUCAAGAAUGAGAAGGAAGUGCUCGAUAAACUCGGUUUUUGCCCGCAAAUCAUCCGUUGUUUCGGCGACGAUUAUACUGUCGUCAAUUGCGAGAACUUUUAUAAUCUGUUCUUUGCGUACGCUAACAAAGGAAGUUUGGCCGAUCGGGUGAAGAACAAAGGCGGGAACUUGAUGGAAUCCGAUGUUAGAAGAUACGUUAGAUCGAUACUUAAAGGGCUAAGCUUCGUUCACGCCAAAGUGUUUGUUCACUGUGACAUUAAGCUUCAAAAUAUUCUUUUGUUUGGAAAUGGUGAUGUGAAGAUAGCUGAUUUUGGUUUAGCGAAGAGAAACGGGAGAGAAAAACAGAGGAGGAUGGAAAUCAGGGGAACCCCUUUGAAUAUCGCGCCAGAGUCCGUUAAUGAGAGCGAUUAUUAUUCCCCAGUUGAUAUAUGGGCACUUGGAUGCGCCAUUGUCGAGAUGUUUACCGGGAAACCGGUCUGGAAUUUCAAAACAGGGAUGAAUGUGUCGGCUUUGUUGAUUCAAUUUGGGGUUGGCGAUGAAUUGCCUUGGAUCCCUGAAGAUUUAUCCGAGGAAGGAAAAGAUUUUAUCGGAAAGUGUUUCGUCAAGGACCCGAAGAAGAGAUGGACGGCCGAGAUGCUCCUCAAGCAUCCUUUCAUGGCCCGCGACGAGGAGACAAUGCUAAUGAACCUAAAUCAAGAAGAAGAAUCAACUUCUCCAAAUUGUUAUCUUGAAGAUAUUUCUGAGUCUCCGAGAUGUCAUUUCGAUUUCCCAGACUGGGUUUCAACUCAAUCAACAGCUUCAUCUUCUCAAUCAAUUUUCCAGGAAAAUUCAAGGUUGGGGUCUUCGUUUAUUCAAUCACCUUUGGAUCGGAUUCAACAAUUGGGUUGGGACGAUGCACCAGAGUGGUCAGUGUGGGAGAACUGGAUCACCGUGAGGUAGUGAACCUGACGGCUU